AUGUCUGCUACGGAGUUUGCCAGUACAUUCAUAGCCGGUGCUCUUGGUGGAGCUGGCUGUGUUGCGUGUGGUCAGCCGUUUGAUACAGUCAAGACGAAAAUGCAGACCUUUCCGGAAUUGUAUCAGAAAGGAGGUUUUGCUCGGUGCAUGGUUUCUAUUUACAAAACAGAAGGUCUAAGAGGACUCUACGCAGGAUCUGUUGGAGCACUUUUGACAAACUGCGCCGAAAACUCGAUUCUCUUCUCAGCCCGCAACUCGACGAUUGCAGGAGUCGCGUUUCUCCAGAAAAAGAACAAAAAUGAUCUGUCAAAUGUUGAGAUGGCAAUUGCUGGCUCCGGCGCAGCGUUUUUCUCGUCAAUCGCCGUCUGUCCAACGGAAAUGAUUAAAAACAGAAUGCAAGCAACUGCCGAGCUGCAAAAAUCCGGAAAAUUCGACUUCCAGGGCCGCAUUUCCGUCACAUCAACAGUGCGCCAGAUUUUAUCAGAAGGAUAUACAGCGCCUUUCCGUGGCUUGGUCGGAACCUGGGGCCGAGAAAUGCCUGGAUAUUUGGUUCUCUUCUACAGCUUCGCUUUUUGCCAAAAUCUUAUCGCUCAACAAACUAGUCUUUCAUCAGGAUUCAAUGCUGCGCUCAGUGGCGGACUUGCUGGAGGAGCUUACUGGCUAUGCAUGCUUCCUAUCGACGUGGUAAAGUCGAGACAACAAGUUCUGUCUAUUGGGUCGAAGGAUCCAAUACGCUUUGUCGACUGUGUUAAAGACAUCAAAAGGAUAUCCGGUCUCCGAGGAUUCUACGCCGGCUUAACUCCAAUGCUCAUUCGUACUAUUCCUGCUAAUGGUGCCUUAUUCUCAAUUAUUGACGUGACAACUCCACUGAUUGAAAGCUUAUUUUCUUGA